AGGGUGCCCGUGAUGCCCGGAUCGCCCGUGGAAGUGAAGAUCCAGUCCAGGUCCUCUCCUCCCAACAUGCCACCGCUGCCCCCCGUCAACCCCGGCGGCCCCCGGCCCGUGUCCUUCACCCCGACUGCACUUCCCAAUGGAAUAAACCAUUCCCCUCCAACGCUGAACGGGGCCCCGUCCCCACCGCAGAGGUUUAGCAACGGUCCUUCCUCCUCCUCCUCCUCCUCGCUGACCAACCAGCAGCUCCCGGCCACGUGCGGCGCCCGGCAGCUCAGCAAGCUGAAGCGCUUCCUCACCACCCUGCAGCAGUUUGGCAACGACAUUUCGCCAGAGAUCGGGGAGAAAGUCCGGACCCUCGUCCUGGCGUUAGUGAACUCCACGGUGACAAUCGAGGAAUUUCACUGCAAGCUGCAAGAGGCGACGAAUUUCCCCCUGCGGCCGUUUGUGAUCCCCUUUCUGAAGGCCAACCUGCCCCUGCUGCAGAGAGAGCUGCUGCACUGCGCCCGCGCUGCCAAGCAGACGCCGUCCCAGUACCUGGCGCAGCACGAGCACAUCCUGCUCAACACCAACACCGCGUCCCCCGCCGACUCCUCCGAGCUGCUGAUCGAGGUGAACGGCAAUGGCAAGAGGCACAGCCCGGACAGGAGGGAAGACAGCAGCUUUGAGAGGGAGCCGCUGCCGACGGAGCCUCCAGCCAAGAGGGUCUGCACCAUCAGCCCCGCGCCCCGACACAGCCCGGCCCUGGCGAUCCCCCUGAUGAACCCUGGGGGGCAGUUCCAUCCCACCCCGCCGCCCCUCCAGCACUACACCUUGGAGGAUAUCGCCACUUCCCACCUCUACAGGGACCCCAGCAAGAUGUUGGAGCACCGAGAGAUUCGGGACAGGCACGGGGGUCUUGGUUUGAAUGGAGGAUACCAGGACGAGCUGGUGGACCACCGCUUAACGGAGAGAGAGUGGGCUGACGAGUGGAAGCACCUCGAUCAUGCGCUGAACUGCAUCAUGGAGAUGGUGGAGAAGACCCGGCGCUCCAUGGCCGUGCUGCGGCGCUGCCAGGAGGCCGACCGGGAGGAGCUCAACUACUGGAAGCGGCGCUGCAGCGAGACGGCGGAGCCACGCAAGGCGGGCGCUGAGCUCCUGGCCAGGCAGCACAGCCCCAGCAGCUCCGACUCCAUCGGCAGCGAUUCAUUGCGGGAGUUCAGCAGCCGGUCGGGAACGGGCUACGUCACUGAGGAGAUAUGGAAAAAAGCCGAAGAAGCCGUGAACGAGGUGAAGCGCCAGGCCAUGUCCGAGGUGCAGAAAGCGGUGGCAGAGGCUGAGCAGAAGGCGUUUGAGAUGAUCGCCUCCGAGAGGGCUCGGAUGGAGCAGACCAUCGCGGACGCCAAGCGCCAGGCCACCGAGGACGCUUUCCUGGUGAUAAACGAACAGGAGGAGUCCACGGAGCCCUGCAGCGGCUGCAACAUCGCCCGCUACUGCGGCUCCUUCUGCCAACACAAGGACUGGGAGCGGCACCACCGCAUCUGCGGGCAGGGCCUGCACGGCCAGAGCAAGCCCCUGGCGCUGCCCACGGGCCGGUCCGCGGCCACCAAGAGCCUGGACGGCGUGGCCAGCCCGGCCCUCGAGAAGACUUCGGCCACCACCUCGCGCUCCUCCACGCCGGCAUCCGUGACAGCGAUAGACACAAACGGACUCUGA